CCCCCAGUACGGUGCGGUGCGCGGGGGUGCGGCGCCCCAGCUGCUGAUGCGCGCGCCCUUCCUGGGCUCGCUGGCUCUCGCUGUGUUGGCCGUGAGUGCGUGGCCCUUCUCCGCGCCCCUCCGCGGCCCCGCAUCAUGGGGCACCCCCCGCUCGAGUUCAGCGACUGCUACCUGGACAGCCCCGAUUUCCGCGAGAGGCUCAAGUGCUACGAGCAGGAGCUGGAGCGCACCAACCGAUUCAUCAAGGACGUGAUCAAAGACGGCAGCUCCCUGAUCGGCGCGAUGAGAAGUUACUCUUCAGCUGUGCAGAAAUUUUCUCAGACCCUGCAAUCUUUCCAGUUUGACUUCACUGGGGACACCCUGACAGAUGAUGAGAUUAACAUCGCGGAAUCUUUUAAGGAAUUUGCUGAGCUCCUCAAUGAAGUUGAAAAUGAGAGGAUGAUGAUGGUACAAAAUGCUAGUGAUUUGUUGAUCAAACCACUGGAAAAUUUCCGUAAGGAGCAAAUUGGCCUCACCAAGGAACGGAAGAAAAAAUUUGAGAAGGACAGUGAGCGGUUUUAUUCUUUGCUGGAUCGCCACUUGCAUCUGUCUUCCAAGAAGAAAGAAUCCCAGCUCCAGGAGGCUGACUUGCAGUUGGACAGAGAGAGACACAAUUUCUUUGAGUCAUCUCUCGACUAUGUGUACCAGAUCCAGGAGGUUCAGGAGACCAAGAAGUUCAAUAUCGUGGAGCCCGUCUUGGCCUUUCUUCACAGUCUCUUCAUUUCCAACAAUCUGACAGUAGAACUAACACAGGAUUUCCUUCCUUACAAACAGCAGCUCCAGCUCAGUCUGCAGAAUACAAGAAAUCACUUUUCUAGUACCCGAGAAGAGAUGGAAGAACUCAAGAAGAGGAUGAAGGAGGCCCCCCAGAUGUGCAAGCUCCCAGGACAGCCAACCAUUGAGGGCUAUCUCUACACCCAAGAGAAAUGGGCUCUGGGAAUAUCAUGGGUGAAAUACUACUGUCAAUAUGAGAAGGAGACCAAGACAUUGACAAUGACUCCCAUGGAACAAAAACCAGGAGCCAAACAGGGGCCUGUGGAUUUAACCUUGAAGUACUGUGUUAGGAGGAAGACGGAAUCCAUCGACAAGAGAUUCUGCUUUGACAUUGAAACUAACGAAAGACCAGGGACUAUAACACUGCAGGCUCUGUCUGAAGCCAACAGGCGACUGUGGAUGGAAGCGAUGGAUGGAAAAGAACCAAUCUACCACAGCCCCAUAACGAAACAGGAAGAAAUGGAGCUGAAUGAUGUUGGGUUCAAAUUCGUAAGGAAGUGUACCAAUGCCGUGGAAGCCAAAGGCAUCACGACAGAGGGGGUUUACCGGACCGUGGGCAGCAACAUCCAGGUUCAGAAGCUCCUGAAUGCCUUUUUUGAUCCCAAAUGCCCAGGAGAUGUUGAUUUGCAGAACAGUGAUUGGGAUAUUAAGACAAUUACCAGCUCCUUGAAAUUCUACCUCAGGAAUCUUUCAGAACCUGUUAUGACAUAUAAGCUCCACAAAGAACUGGUCUCUGCCGCCAAGUCUGAAAACCUGGAUUACAGGCUGGGAGCCAUUCACGCUCUGGUCUAUAAGCUUCCCAACAAGAAUCGUGAUAUGCUGGAACUCCUAAUAAGACACCUGGUCAAUGUGUGUGAACACAGCCGAGAGAACCUGAUGUCUCCCUCGAACAUGGGAGUGAUAUUCGGACCCACUCUGAUGAGGGCUCAGGAGGAUACUGUGGCUGCCAUGAUGAACAUUAAAUUUCAGAAUAUUGUGGUAGAAAUCCUUAUCGAGCACUUUGACAAGAUCUAUUCAGGCCCACCAGAGGACAAUGCUGCACCCCCAGUGCCUCCGCCCAGGGUGACGGCAAGAAGACAUAAGCCCAUCACCAUUUCUAAGCGCCCACUUCGGGAAAGGACUGUUUUCUAUACUUCUUCAGUGGAAGAAAAUGAAGAUGAAACCCUUAAUGGCCCCCUUGCUGACAGCCCGGAAAGUCCCAAGCCACUGCCUCACCAGAAGCUGGCUGUUCAGAGGAGUGGGGAAGCUGAGCCUGGGAGAAGAUCCCCAAUCAGACCCAGUUCUGACAGCAGGUCGGAGCCGUGCCCAGAGGUAGACGUGGGCAAGCUGGUGUCCAGGCUGCAGGAUGGCCCCAAGCCCCCUGCCAAAGUGGCCAAUGGUCUGAUGAUGGGUCCUGGGCCAGCCAGGGCCCCCUCUCUUCAUGUGAAGAGGCCAGCUCCCAGGCCUCUGGCUCACAGCAGGGAGGGAGACUAUGACAGCUUCACUAAAGCACGCUCCCCAGGAGACAAACCAGCAAUAACUCGGCCUCCAGUUCGUCCCCCGGAUCCUCCUUGCCGGGCAAUCAUGCCCCAGAAGCCAGAACCGAAGCCAGAACCUGUGGCUGGAGGGGCCCCAGAAACAAUGGCCUCUGUGGUGGCUUGUCGAACCCGGUUCUUUGAAACGGCUUCUCGGAAGACAGGAAGCUCCUCUUCUCCACAAGGAAGACUCACUGGGGAUGAGAGUUGAGGCCCCAAGUUUUGAGGAAUCCCAGCCAGGCCCAGAUGACUCCAUGCUUCUGAAAGGGCCUCCUCUAAACUUGUGUGCUCAGGACCCUUGGGCUCAAAGGCAGCUCCCUGCUGGAACCUGGCUAUGGAGAGUCCAGGAAACAACUCUCUGGACACGUCUCAUUUUCCCUUUUGCGUCCUUUCCUCCCGGUCUCAGAGAAGCCCAGCGGAAAGAGAGCCCGCUAACUUCCCACACAGGCUGUGAACAUUUGGGCUCACAUGCCCAGGGGCAGGAAAGAUAGCCACCUCCUUCCAGUUAGACUGAGCCAGCGGAGGCAAAGUCGGGGUUGCCCAGGACUGGCCUUUUCUCUAACUUCAGAGUCCCUGGGAAUUCUACCUUCCAGGGCUGCCGAGUUCCGACCAUGUUGGAACGGAUGCCCCAACUCUCGGGCCUUUGUUACCCCAAUCCAUUCCUUUUCCCAAGCGAUGUUUGGGCGGUCACAUGUGUCUGGACAUCUGCUGCACAGAAGAAACCUUCUGCUGGGUGGUUUUCACAGGUCACCCAGAGCAUGGCUGAUAUCAAGAGGUCUAGCAAGAGGGGCCGCAUGCUCCCCGGGCUGGCGCGCUCGCGCGCUCUCUCUCUCUCUCUCCUCUACCAUCUUUCUUGCAGGCAUGUUUUGGAAACAAUUGCAAACAAAAACUCAAAACCCAUCAAGCAAACAUUCUGCUUUUGAAGCCUAGCUUUGUUUGAAGCAGUCUCAUUCUGUUUUCCUCUUGUCAGCUUCUUCCCAGAACAAAUGAGAGAACCGGAAUUCAAAAACAUUUCUAAGAGAAUUCCUUCCACCUAUCCCUCUUCUGGAGGGGCUGGCUUCUUGGGAUGGAUGGAUGGAUGGAUGGAUGGAUGGAUGGUUAAGGGAACAGGGGUGGAUACAAACACACUUGCAGCAACCACUUUCCAGUGUGCAAUGGAGGCUGCUGCUUCAGGCUCUCCCCUUCCAUCCCCAACACCUUUGUGCAUCCUCAUCCCAUUUGGCAGCAUGGUAACACCUAGGACCUCUUUGCAGAGUCACGUAUUUCCAUGCAGAGGUCUACAGAGGAAGCUCAUUCGUUGGGAAUCCAGUAAAUUAGCAAAAUAUUUUCUCAAAGCCCCAUGAGUUUCACCAACUCCAGGUUAAGAGCCCAAAACCCUACAAGAAAUCUCCCUUGAGACAAAAGAAACCCUCUUGUAAUAUGGAGAAUCUCCCUCCACCUAGCAGGGGGCCUUACAGUCUAUAGGCCUCAAAACAUAGCCAGCUUUCAAACUUCAAACAUUAGCUUUGCCCAGGGGUCCCAUAGAUUGAAUACUACAUGAAACCCUCCCAACUCAGCUAGUUUUGAUUGGGUACCUUCCUUACUAAUCUUUAACCUGCUCCCCCACCUCAUCUUGUUCAUACUAGCUUAGAGGAUUCCUAUGUAACUCACUCCAUUUUUUUUUACUCUGGCAUAACCUGCCCUGUGUGUGCAUGGCUUCUGGGCAUCAGCCCUUCUUUCUUAGCUGUUUGUGAAAUCCCUCCUCUGGGGAGAGGGCCUUUCUUUGGCUCAGCAAUCGGCAAAUGAAGGCAAAUGAACAUGGUGGGUUUGAGUUCUGGGGAGUAAACAUUUCCAUGCCCUGAAUCCCCUUAUUCCCCCAUCACCUCCCCAACCCAGGAAAGCUGCUGAGAAGAGCAGAGUAGACUCUGGUACUUUGGCCUACCUUGUUCUUGGGGUAAGGUGUCCAGUGGGCCCUGCCGACAUUGUCAAGGUCGGGGCUGGCCCUUUCUUUCUUGGGUUGGGGAGGUGAUGGGGGAAUAAGGGGAUGCAGGGCAUGGAAAUGUGGUCCAUCUGUGUACCUUGGUGCUGCAGAGCUGCUGACCCAGAAUUCCUGGGGUCUUUGUUGUCAUAACCAAGAAAACCUUCUCACCUCGGAUUAUUGGGGAGUUCAACAUGUAUGUGGUCCAAAUGUUCAAGGUCUUGAGAAUGCAGGUAGAUGGUGCAGUGAAUGGAACACUGGAACUAGAGUCAGGAAGACCCAAGUUCAAGUCCUGCUUCAGAAACUUAUUAGCUCUGUGGCCUUGAACAAGUCACUACACCUCUGUUUUGGAAGCCUCAGUUUCCUCAGCUAUAAAAUGAGGGAGUUGGAUUCUGUAGUCUCUAAGGUCCCUUCACGACACUUGAAGAAAUGUUUUCAACUCUGGGCCACAUCCAAGUUGAUUGAGCCACUCCAUUAUUUGGUAGGCAAUAGCCUAGUUGAAGCUGCUGGGAAAUCCCCCAAAUGAGGUCCAGUUAGGAGCUUAGAAUCUAGCCUAGGGAUCAGGGAGUAGAAUUGGAAGGAACUCUGGGGGCCAACUGGUCCAGCCCACAUGUGACUGGGACUCCUCUGAAGCAGUAGAGGAUUGCAGAAAGAGCCCUGGCCACUGGGAUCAGAGGAUCUGGCCUUAAAUUGUAUCUCUGAUACUACUUGUAUUAUCUUGGACAAGUCACUUGCCUGCCUGGGCCUCAGUUUUCUCCUCUGUACAGACUAAGUGGUCUCAGGGGACCCUGCCCACUCCAGUUCUGCAAUGCUAUGAUCCUUUGAUUCUCCAGGCUCUGGAGGGGAGAGUGGGAUUUACUAAAUCAAUAGCCAGUCCAUGCCUCUUUUGGACAGCUCCCACUGCAAGGCAUGCUGGCUAAGGAUCUGGUCCCAGAGUCAGGAAGAACUGGGUUCAGAUCCCGCCCUAGCUAUGUGACCCUGGCUAGGUCACUACAUUUCUCAGUGCCCCCGACAACUCUGUCCAACUCUCCAUUGCAGAGUAGGUGCUAUACACAUUGGUAGAAGGAGUUUCCUCUUCCAGGAGUUCCCUAUGCCAGCCCAGACACAGGUCCAGUCCCUGUCUGUCAUUGGUAGAGCCUUUUUCCAGGCAUUGGGCUAAAGUCUUCCCCCUCUGAAACUUGUGCCCUCUGCUUCUGGUUCUGUUGUUUGGGACUAUCUUUCACCUACUUGGAAGUCACAGAGUAUGUUCCAGCUAAAUCUUCUCUUCCCCAGGUUAAAUAGACUCAAUUCCUUCACUAACCUCUCAAUAGAACCUUUCCCAGUAUCCCCACUGAAGGUAGGUGUGUGUGUGUGUGUGUGUGUGUGUGUGUGUGUCCAUGAGGUCUGAUGGCCACCCACUGAGAUUCCUUAGAGGGGACUGUCAUACAUUAGAAGGGCCCACAGUCUGAGAGUCAAGAAACUUUGCUUUGGUGUGCAGUCCUGGGCAAGUCAUUUCCCCUCUUUAUAACUCAGUUUCCCCCUCUGGAAAGUGAAGCAGUUGGACUGGAUGACCUCUGAGGGGGUCUUCCAGUUCUUGAUCCCGACAUAAUGAAGCCCACCCACAUCCCUGCAGCAUUUUAAGGUUUACCAAGCAGUCGCCAAGAUAGAAUUUCUGGGCAGGCUCACCAAUGGGAAACGGGCCAGACGUUCUCUCUUCUAAAGAGCUUCAGAGGAGGGACAGGGUGACCCUCUAAGGAGGGGAAGGGGUCCCAGGUGAAGAGGUUUAACAGAGGAAGGGGAUGUGGGAGUGUCUGCUGGUGUCACAAAUCAACCAAGGGGCCUAGGCCAGCAAACCUGAGGCUACCUUUAACAGACAAUUAUACAAACGAAUCGGCUCAUCUCACCGCGGCAGGCCGCAUCCCCAAGUCCUGCCUCUUUGUGCCAGUAACCAACUCUCUCUUCAUGCCACCUCCCCAUCCCCACUCCUGCUCACAUGUGACAAGAAGGGCUAAAGGUGUGCAUUCUUCACAGCCCAGCCAUUCAAUGUGGGGCUAUGGGAUAUUCUGAAACUGGGUCACCCACUCCAUUCCACCCCAUCCCACCCUGCUGCUGCCUUCACUUUAACCAGAUAGAGCUCUUGCUUAAAGACUCGCAUAGCUCACUCUUGGAAAUGAAGCAUUUGCUUUUUGAGAAGCAAGUAGAAUGUAAGCUCCCUGAGGGUAGGGAUUAUCUGUUUUUAGGUUAUUUUUGUCUUUUUGUGUCCAUAGCGCCUAGCACUGUGGCUGAAUCGUAGUAGGUGCUUAAUAAAUGUUUGUUGAAUAGAAUGAAAGGAAAAUGUGUAUUUUGUUGGUAUUAUAGAACAUCCUUUCCUUAGUAUCUUUUUUUUGUUCCCAGAGAAAGAAUGGUUUGGGGCCCUGGAUGCUUAACACAGGGCAAAAGCCCGAGAUAUGCACACAGAUCAAGGGCCGUGGAAUAGUCGACCUCCACUCCUAUGGGGCUGAAUGGAGACAAGAGGUGACAGUGGUGUCAGGAUAGUGACAAGAUUGUUAUUGGUACAGGAGAAAGCGCUAAUCUGGAAUCAGACACCUGGGUUCAAAUCCUGCUUUGGAUGCUUCCCACCUGUGUAACCCUAUAUAAGUCACAGCUACCUUGGGUUUCAGAAAGAGGGGGUUGGAUUGGAUGACCAUGAGGUCUCUUCAGGGUCUAUAUUGAUUCUGUGUGUGACCUUCAACAUGUAUCUCUUCCUUGGGUCUCAGUUUCCUCCUCUGUAAAACAAAAGGAAUGGACUAGCUGGCCUCUGAGGACCUUUCUAGGUCUAGAGGUAGGCCCCUCCCUUGGCCUCUAUUUCCCUCUCUGAAAUAAGGAAAUCAAAGAGUAUAUGGAUGGCCUAUGAGGGCCCUUCCAUCUCCCAUGAUCCCUUGAACAUCAUGCCAAACCUGCACACAUAGGAAGAUACUAUUGACUAUUAAAGUAUCAUAGUAUAAUGGAGUAUCAGAAAGAACACCAGUUUUAAGAAUUGGAGAAGCCAAGUUCAAAUCCCAGUUUUGCCACUUCCUACCUAGGUGACCUUGCUGAAGUCCCUUCUUUUUUGGGGGGGGGCAAUAAGGGUUAAGUGACUUGACCAAGGUCACACAGCUAGUAAAUGUUAAGUGUCUGAGGCCAAGUUUGAACUCAAGUCCUCCUGAAUCCAGGGCUGGUGCUCUAUCCACUUCAGCACCACCUAGCUACCCCUGAAGUUCCUUCUUUCUGACCCUCACCUUUGCCCCUCUAGAAAACAUGAGUUGGCCUAGAUGAUUUUAAAAGCCUAUAAAUAUCAGAGAAUGAAGAUUCCAGAGAGAUAUUAGUGUGGAUGUAAAAAAAUAAGAAAAAGAAAAUGUGGAAUCCAUGAUUUCAUUAAAACUUACUGGUAGAGAAGGACAUCACCAAGGGUCAAAACUCCCGAUCUGUUUCUAGAAUGAAGCUGGAUCCCAUAGGGCAUUCUGGACUUUGUUUCUUGCAGGAAGGUAUACUUUUUCAUGAGUGUGCCAGCACAUGCUUAACAACUAGCUUUCUGCAAAAGGAAGGGGACAAUUCAUGAUCCAUUUCAGUUUCAUCUGCAUUAUUAACAUUUUCUCCAUCACUCUCUUAAAUCUAAACAAGUAACAAAACAAUAACUUCAGCCCCAACUUGUAACAUUUGUUACAAAUGUAAUUUCCAAAGUGUAAAUGCUCACAAUGGAAAUUUAACAAUCAGUUCUGUGGGGCUGAUUUGAGUUGGCCCCAGGACAUGCCAGCCCUCCUCUUUUCUAAACAUCUCAAUUUUGAUCAUUUUGAGAGCUAAAUGUGGCAAGGCAAGUGGAGAAUGGGAAUGAGUUGGGGUGGGGAGGGAGUUCUGAGAGGACUCAGAAGAAAAUGUUUCUAAAAAUGAGAUCACCUCCAUUCCUCUGAAAUUAUCUGCAGACAAGUGGCCUUGACAUUUCAGAAACCCCCUCCAUGGUUUCAGAAACAAUAAAAAUAUAGACAGAAAUAAGACUUAAAUGUUCUUGAUGGAUCAAAGCCUUUAUUUCUUGAAAAAAAAUGAAUCACUCAACACCAAGGACGUUAAUGUAAUGCUAAAAAAUUCCCUGUCUGAAGUAUGACAGAAGGACAAAAUGAAAAUAGCAGGGUCCAUCCUUUUGACUGCAAGUAAAGUAUGCCAAGUAUAUGGCAUGACCCUCUUCCACUCAGUAUCACAGCUGUUGAUUAAAACCCCAUCUUGGUCUCUUCCUCUAUAUAUGGCCUAAUGAAAUGAGAGAGAAGCUAGUCUCAGAGUCUCUAAGUCAAAUUAGAAGCUUCAGGGCCUAGGGACCAAACUCCACGUGGUAGGGUCCAGGUGAAUGGACUAAAGGACAAAAACAGAUUGAGAAUUUGCUCAAAAAUCCAUUCAUUUAUUGGGAGCACAAGUAGAAGGGAGAGAGACCUUGGCAAUGAGAGAGUAAGCCUACUUUAGCUGACAGAUCACAGAAUCUGCCAAUUGGAAGAGUGCAUCAAUGGCCAGCUAUCCAUUUGCUAAAGGAAAUCCCAUUGUAAAUGACAUACUCAAGAUGUGGCCCCUUGGGCAUGGUCUCUUCUUGAAGACCUCCAAGGCAACGGGACUCUCCCCACCCUAAUGUAUUGGGGCAGCCUCUUUCACUCUUGUUUUUUGUUUGUUUUUGCCAGGCAAUGAGGGUUAAGUGACUUGCCCAGGGUCACACAGCUAGUAAGUGUCAUGUGUCUGAGGCCGGAUUUGAACUCAGGUCCCCCUGAAUCCAGGGCCGGUGCUUUAUCCACUGCGCCAUCUAGCUGCCCCCUCACUCUUGAAUAAUCACCAGCUAGUUUGUCCUGACUUAAGCCCAAACUGGCCUCUUGGUACCUUCCUUUUGUUCCCCUUGGCCCUCUGAGGCAAGAGUAAUGCUUGACAGCUUCUCAAGAAAUUGACAAGUUCCUCCUACGUCUCCUCUAUACUGUCAAGAUCCCUUUGGAUCCCAAUCAUGUUACCUAUUGGGUUAGUUAACUCCCCCUUGUACCAUCUGCCAAUUUGAUGAGCCUUUAGCCAAGUCAUUGGUAAAACAGUAAAAUGGUAUAGGGCCAAGCACCGAGCUCUAAGGCACUCCACUGGAGGGAGACCUGCCACAUUGGCCUCCAACCAUCAUCAGCUUAGGGAGCUGCACUGCAAGAGUCUGAAUGGAAAUCACAAUAUGAUACUCAAACCAAAAGCUAAGUGGCAUCUCUCUGCAGCAGUGAGUCUUUAAGUUGGGCCUGCUCCAUUCCUUCUCCUGGUUGGAUUCUAGCUGCCCACUCUAGACUGGCAACUCAGCACUGAAUGAAGCUCAACCAGAAAUGCCUCUGAGACAUAUAGGGAGGCAACAUGGUGCAAUGGGAAGGGCAUUAGCUCCAAAUUUAGAUUCCAAGGGUUCCAUUCCCACCUCCAUAAAAUGAAGGAGCUGGACUCAUUGGCCACUGAAUUUGCUUCCAGCUCUGUCUGGGAUCCUAUGUGUGACCUUGGCCAAGUCCUUUCCCUUUCCUUUUCCCUGGGACUCAGUUUCCUCUUCUGUAAAAUGAGGCAGUUGGACUAGCUGGCCUUUUAGGGCCCUGCCAGUCCUAGACCUAGGAACCUAUGGUAUAAGUGAUUUUAAGGUUUGCAAAAUGCUUUACAAAUUUGAUUUCAUGGUAUCCUCACAACAACUCCAUGAGAGGUAGAUACUAUGGGUACUAUUUUUAUUCUCAUUUUGCAGAUGAGGAAACACUCAAAAGGAUUAGGUGACUUGGUCAGGAUCACACAGCUAGUAAGUAAGGAUAGAAGUAAUAAGGCCGCAUUUGCACCUAGGUCUUUCCCGAUUCCAGGUUCGGCAAUCUACCCACUAUGGUAUACUGCCUCAGUACUCAAAACUCAAACAAAAAUGGGCUUUAAGUAUUUGAGAAGAUUUGAUCUUUUUUUGGUUUUUUUGGGCAGAGUUGGAUGAGGGUCUUGACCUAUGAUUUCAUCAUAGUGGGGAACUCCAUGUGUGAAAACUCUUCCCUCAGCCAACAACUCCUUCAUAACUUCUAAGUCUUAAGAUAAUUUGUUGUUGUUGUUUUCAAUCAUAUCUGACUUGUGACCCCAUUUGGGGUUCUCUUGACAAAGAUCCUGGAGUGGUUUGCCAUUUCCUUAUCCAGCUCAUUUUACAGAUGACGAAACUGA